AAAAUGUCCAGUUGACCUGCUGCACUUCCAAUACAACCUUCAUCCCCUCUCUCUUCUUCUUCCCUGUUUCCUCCUGCAACAGCAACAGCAACAGCAACAGCAACAGCAACAAAUGGGUCUUUCUCUCUUUCAGGGAUUCGCCAAGUCGCUGAUGAUGAACCUGUUAUCCGAGAUUGGAGACAAUACGUUCUUCGCCGCUGCGAUCUUGGCAAUGCGUCAUCCAAGGGGCCUUGUUUUGUCUGGUUGUUUAGCGUCGCUGUUUAUGAUGACUAUACUAUCUUCUUUUCUUGGCUGGGCUGCACCAAAUCUGAUUCCUCGCGAGUGGACACACCAUAUAACAACCAUUUUGUUCUUUGUGUUUGGUAUAUGGUCACUCUGGGAAGGAUUGACAGAAGAUGGGGAUGAUGAGUUAGCCGAAGUCGAAGAAAAACUGGAUGCUGAUUCCAAGGUGUCAUCUGGUAAAAGUAAUGGAGAUUCUAAGGAAACUGAGGAUCGGAAAAAAGAGCAGAGACCAUUCCUGACGCGAUUCUUCUCCCCUAUUUUCCUGAAGGCUUUUUCCAUCAGCUUCUUUGGUGAGUGGGGUGAUAGGAGCCAGAUUGCUACCAUUGGCCUAGCUGCAGAUGAGAACCCAUAUGGAGUAGUUCUUGGAGGAAUUUUGUAUAUAUGGGACAAGCACUCUGCACCGUAUUAGCAGUUGUUGGAGGGAAGAGCUUGGCUUCUCAUAUAUCUGAGAAAGUGGUAACACUUGCCAGUGGAUUACUAUUCCUCGCAUUUGGUGUGCAUUCAUUCCUUUCCUCAGAGGAAGCUCCAUGAGAAUGGGAGAUUCUCUUUUGUGUUUCUCAUUUUUCUUUUUCUAUUUUUUUUUUUUCUAAUUUGAUACUAAAUGAAAUUACACGUUCUCUUCAUGUAAAUGUAAACAACACUUUAAACUUUGUUAAGUAGAUGUGUGUAGACCGCUUGAACUAUGUACAAUUUUAAAGUAGAUCCUCAAAACUUUUUGUCUUAUUUA